CCUGUUUGAAUCUCAUUAGUUUUUUUUCUUGUGUGUUUCUCCCUGUCAAUAAUCCCGAAUCCAGACUCUCUCUAUUUCCAUCCCUCUCUAUCUGUCAAUCAGCGCCGCCUUUGAACUGAAAACCACUCCGACCAACUUCAACUCCCUCAAUCCGAGCGCCUCAGCUCCGUCUCCGGCUUCUGUUUCUGCCAAGAUUGCCCUCUUCUUUUUGAGUUUUGAACACUCACCCAGCCAAACGCCACUGCGAGUCCCUAAACUUAAAACUCGGGAUUCGGGGAUCACACCAAGAUCAAGGGUUUAAAAACUUUUGGGUGUUUUUGGCCCCCCGCAAAAUUAGCGCUCCUCGGGAAAAAUGCCGCAGCUGAACGGCGGUGGAGGGGACGAUCUGGGUGCGAACGAUGAAAUGAUUUCCUUCAAAGACGAAGGCGAGCAGGAGGAAAAGAUUUCGGAGAACUCCUCAGCAGAAAGGGAUUUAGCAGAUGUCAAAUCUUCUCUCGUAAACGAGUCGGAAACGAAUCAAAACAGCUCUUCGGAUUCCGAGGCGGAAAGACGGCCUCCGCCUAGAUCUGAAAGUUUCAGAGACAAAACAAGAGAAAGUUUAGAGGAGGCUGCGAAAAGGCAAGAUGGAGGGCUGUUCAAGAGCCCACCGUACCCGGGCUAUCCAUUUAUAAUGAUUCCCGACCUCACGAGCCCGUACCUCCCGAACGGAUCUCUCUCACCCACCGCGCGCACAUAUCUACAGAUGAAAUGGCCCCUGCUAGAUGUUCAAGCAGGAAGUCUUCAGAGUAGACAAGCACUUAAAGAUGCCAGGUCACCUUCUCCAGCACACAUCGUUGGGCCCUUCUGCUUGGAAUUCCCCGGACAGACUGAUCUGAGUCUUCACCAAUUACAGUUGUCUAAUAAGGUCCCCGUGGUACAGCACCCUCACCAUGUGCACCCGCUCACACCUCUGAUCACUUACAGCAAUGAGCACUUCACGCCUGGGAACCCCCCUCCACAUCUACAGGCAGACGUGGACCCCAAAACAGGAAUCCCAAGGCCUCCACAUCCUUCAGAUAUAUCCCCCUACUACCCCCUGUCACCUGGCACUGUAGGCCAGAUUCCCCAUCCGCUAGGAUGGUUAGUACCACAGCAAGGUCAACCAGUUUACCCAAUCACGACGGGAGGUUUCAGACACCCCUACCCAACUGCCCUCACUGUCAAUGCGUCCAUGUCAAGUCUUCUCUCCUCCAGGUUCCCUCCUCACAUGGUGCCCCCCCACCACAGUUUGCACACCACAGGGAUCCCCCAUCCAGCCAUCGUCACGCACAACGUCAAGCAGGAGUCCUCUCACAGUGACAUCGGCUCCCUCAACAGCUCGAAACAGGAUGCGAAAAAAGAGGAGGAAAAGAAGAAGCAGCCACACAUAAAGAAACCUCUGAACGCGUUCAUGCUUUACAUGAAGGAAAUGAGAGCCAAAGUGGUGGCAGAAUGCACACUUAAAGAGAGCGCAGCUAUCAACCAGAUCCUAGGCCGAAGGUGGCAUGCUCUGUCUCGAGAGGAGCAGGCCAAAUACUACGAGUUAGCCAGGAAAGAACGACAGCUUCACAUGCAGCUGUACCCCGGCUGGUCGGCACGAGACAACUAUGCGGGUAACUAUCAGGGGAAAAAGAAGAAGAGAAAAAGGGAAAAGCAGGCAGGAGAGGGCAAUGAACACAGAGAAUAUUUUCCAAACCCUUGCCUUUCACUCCCUCCGAUUACAGAUCUGAGCGCCCCAAAGAAGUGUCGCGCACGUUUCGGGCUCGACCAGCAGAAUAACUGGUGUGGCCCAUGCAGGAGAAAAAAGAAGUGCAUUCGCUACAUUCAAGGUGAAGGCAGCUGUGCCAGUCCUCCUUCUUCGGACGGAAGCUUACUAGAGUCCCCCCCAUCCUCCCCCUCCAUGGUCUCUCCCUCCCCGUCCUCGAAAGAGUCCAAACUACAGACUGAACAAAUGCAACCUCUCUCACUGACUAUGAAGCCGCCCCCCCUGCUCUCGUCAUCCCAACACCAUCACCUCUCCAUGGCUCCGCCUCCACCUUUAGCUCUGUUGGACAACUCCGUGGCGGGCAAAACGUCCGGCUCGGCACACAACGGCUCCUUGGACCCCUCAGACGUGUCGUCGUCCCGACCCACAGGCUCCGCCUCCUCCAGGCCCACAUCAGCAUGUCAUUCCCACUCUCUGCUGCCCAGCUCCACCACGACUCAACCCCUUUCGCUCGUAACCAAGUCGAUAGACUAGCUUCGUUGUUUUUUUAAACCAGCUUUCUCUGUCUGUCUAUCCGUCUGUCGCGUGUCUUGUCUUUUUUCAUUCUGCAUUCUGAUUCUCUUGUUUUUUUCUGUGCGAUAUGGCUAUGAAAAUUUCGUUAAUUCUUUAUCAAAGUUCAUUGGUCAAUAUUUGACCUGUCAUUAUCUAAAAAAUGAAAUUAUUAUGAUUAAAUAUUGAUAAUUAAAUACACUAAGUUGUAGAGUAUAGCUUUGUGAAUCUGCCAAAUUUUUUAUGAAUUUUUUGGGUUCGUUUUUAUUCAUGUUUUGCUUUUUGUUUUACAGCUGUACAACAGAAAAAUGCAUAAUUGUUAUGUAGUUUUACAUAGACAUGUUUAAAGACAGAUAUACAAAGUAGGUGAGGAUUCGGUGAGCCCUUUUCUCAAAGAAUUGGUUCUCCUUCAUUAUUUGUAUUAAAUACGAGCUUGUGAAC